UCCGCCGCCAUUGCCGCCUCCCUUCGGCCUCCGCCGCUCCCACCGGCACCGGAACCGGCGCCGGAAGCGGAACCGGCGCCGGAACCGGCUCGCGGCGCCGCGGCCCCGCCAUGGAGGCGAGCGCGGCGAAGCGGAAGGAGCCGCGCAAGGCGCUGCGGAUUAAAGUCAUCUCCAUGGGCAACGCCGAGGUGGGCAAGAGCUGCAUCAUCAAGCGCUACUGCGAGAAGAGGUUCGUGCCCAAGUACCUGGCGACCAUCGGCAUCGACUACGGCGUCACCAAGGUGCAGAUCCGGGACCGGGAGAUCAAGGUGAACAUCUUCGACAUGGCCGGACACCCCUUCUUCUACGAGGUGCGGAACGAGUUCUACCGGGACACGCAGGGGGUGCUGCUGGUCUACGACGUCGGCUCCAAGGAAUCCUUCGAGGCGCUGGAGGCGUGGCUGGCCGAGAUGCGCCGCGAGCUGGGGCCCCACGGCGCCGGCCUCGACAGCGUCGUCGUCGCCGUCUGCGCCAACAAGGUGGACGCGGGGAAGCUGCGCGUGGUGGACGAGAGCGAGGGCCGGCUCUGGGCCGAGAGCCGCGGCUUCCUCUACUGGGAGACCUCGGCCCAGAGCGGGGAGGGCAUCCAGGAGAUGUUCCAGAACUUCUACUCGGCCAUCGUGGAGCUGUGUGAGAACGGCGGGAAGCGGCCGGCGGGCGGCUCCGGCGCGGCGUUCACGCGGGAGCAGGCGGACGCCAUCCGCCGGAUCCGCGCCAGCAAGGACAGCUGGGACCUGCUGGGCCUCAAACCCGGCGCCUCCAGGGAGGAGGUGACGCGGGCGUACCGGCGCCUGGCCGUGCUGCUGCACCCCGACAAGUGCCCGGCGCCGGGCAGCGAGGACGCCUUCAAGGCCCUGGGCAGCGCCCGCGCCGCGCUGCUCCGAAACCUCCCGUGACCCCGCAACGGCGCCGC